CAAAACUCAAGCAUAAAGCAAAAAAUCCACCGAACUCCAUUAACAAGGAGGACCGCCGCCAAGAAGCCGGCGAUCCCAAAUUGCUAAUGGGUUCGUGCUUCACCAAAACAUAUGAAAUUCCGAUCGCCGCCGCAUCCGUCAAGCACCCAACCCAGCCUCCACCGCUGCCUCCGCUUCCCCCACUUCCUCCAUUGCCACCACCUUCACUACCAAAGCCAAAACCUAUCCCCUCCUCCUCCUCCCUAACAACCCGCUUCGGCCCUAUCCUUCAGAAACCGAUGCUUGACAUCAACUCUCUCUUCAUCAUCGAGAAAGAGCUCGGUCGCGGCCAAUUUGGCAUCACUUACUUAUGCACCGAACGCUCCACCGGCAUCAAGUAUGCCUGCAAAUCAAUCUCAAAGAAGAAACUUGUGAGCAAGAGCGAAGUCGAUGAUGUACGGCGGGAAGUUUUUAUCCUUCAGCAUCUGACAGGACAGCCUAACAUAGUUGAGUUCAGAGGCGCGUACGAGGAUGCGCAGAACAUUCAUUUGGUGAUGGAGUUGUGCUCUGGAGGGGAGCUCUUCGAUCGAAUCAUCUCUAAGGGGAGCUAUUCGGAGCGAAAGGCGGCCAAGAUCUGUAGAGGAAUUGUAAAUGUGGUGCAUGUGUGUCAUUUCAUGGGAGUGAUGCACAGAGAUCUGAAACCAGAGAAUUUUCUCUUUGUGAGCAGGGAUGAGGAUUCUGAUCUCAAGGCUAUUGAUUUCGGGCUUUCUGUUUUCAUCGAGGAAGGCAAAAUUUACAAAGAAAUUGUAGGAAGUGCUUACUAUGUGGCUCCUGAAGUAUUGAGAAGAAGCUAUGGUAAGGAAAUUGAUGUUUGGAGCGCAGGAGUCAUCUUAUAUAUUCUUCUUUCUGGUGUACCCCCUUUCUGGGCAGAAACAGAAAAAGGCAUAUUUGAUGCUAUAUUACAAGGGGAUGUGGACUUCACAAGUCCACCAUGGCCUUCCAUUUCUCGCGGGGCAAAAGAUCUAAUCAAAAGAAUGUUAACACAAGAUCCAAAAAGGCGAAUUACAGCAGCACAAGUGCUUGAGCAUCCAUGGCUAGUAGAAGAUGGAGAAGCUUCUGAUAAGCCAAUAGACAGUGCAGUUCUGAAUAGAAUGAAGCAAUUCAGAGCAAUGAAUAAGAUGAAGAAACUUGCCCUGAAUGUCAUUGCGAAGAAUCUUUCAGAAGAAGAGAUCAAAGGACUGAAGCAGAUGUUCAAGAACAUGGACACUGAUAGGAGCGGCACGAUUACCUAUGAUGAGUUGAAGCUUGGGCUGAAAAAGUUAGGAUCAAAGCUCUCAGAAGCUGAAGUGCAGCAGCUUAUGGAUGCAGCAGAUGUAGAUAAAAGUGGCACCAUUGAUUAUAUUGAGUUCAUCACUGCUACCAUGCAUCGACAUAAACUGGACAGAGAUGAGCACUUGUAUACAGCAUUCCAGUACUUCGAUAGAGAUGGAAGUGGAUAUAUAACAAGAGAUGAACUAAGACUAGCAAUGGCACAAUAUGGCAUGGGUGAUGAAGCAACUAUCAGUGAAAUAUUAGAUGAUGUUGAUACUGAUAAAGAUGGCAGGAUCAACUAUGAUGAGUUUGUUGCAAUGAUGAGAAAAGGAAUCCAUAUGUGAAAGUGAAUGUUUUUAUAAGGUUGGGUGAUUAAUUAAAGAAGUCAUAAUGAUAAUUAAGCUUAAUGUGAUGUAUGUAAUCUUUCCAUAACCAUAGAUUUCAGCACAGAAAUGGUCUAAAUGUGGAGUUGAUUCAUAUGGGCUGUUGUAUGAAAGGAAAAUAAGCAUUAUAUAUUAUCCUUAAUGCUUGAAAAUUUAAAUGGUAGAAAAGCUAUUGGGAUGUAAAAUAAGGUUUAUGCUUCAUACAUAGA